AUGUCUUUAACACUCGAAUUGAACCAGGCUUUGGCGGUCACCGAUGCGUCUUUGUGCCAUGCACUCUGCUGGAUUAAAAUUCAUGAAGCAGAUGGCAGCGUGGUCAUUGACCAAGCUCAUGCAGUCACCCGGCUAGUGUCCACUGCCCUUCAGCAGCAUGGCAGAAAUGCCUCGCUCAUCUUGCUGUUGCUGCUGUCUGCUGCAGCCGAGGUCAGAGUGACCAUGAACCAAGGCAUCGCCCCACAGUGGGCUCAGGUGCGGGAUAAUGAUACUCGGAUGGAGUCCCACCCUUUCUUCCCAAAGACCGUCGGAUAUGUGGCAGGAGGCACACCCGAACCUGCACCUCAAGUCGCCCCAGCUCCAGCUCCAGCUCCAACCCCUGCACCAAUGUCGGUCCCUCUGAUCGAAUCACUCCCUACCACCGGGCACCAGCACAAUCUUCUUGUGCCUGGCACGAUGACUGGUAAGGGCAAACAGCCUGCCUGCAGGACUCAGAGAUCCCAAGAGGACAGCCUAAGCACUGAGACGGGCCAGAAGAAGCGCAAGGUCUCAAGGCCCUUGUCCAAAGCCUUGGUCUCCAACACCAAGGAUGAGGAUGGUCAGCCAGGAGGCACCGUUGUGGUUGUAAAGCCAGCCAGUCCACUGAAGUCCAAGGGCAUGACCAAAGGCAUCAAGAAGACGCAUGCCGAGGACACCAUUGGUCGCACACCAGCAAAGGGCAAAGGAAAGGAGAAGGCCAAGGAAGUUGCUGAGCCCAUUAGAGGGCGCCCACUAGCCAAGGCUGAUGCUGGGGCUAAGACUGAGUGUUCUAUCUCUGCUCGGUCACCGAGUACUCACAGUGUGAUAGUACGAUCCACCUUGCAAGAGUGUGACCAACUGAUGUCGGUCCAUUCUGACACUCCUGUGCCGAUGGCACACCCGAGGUCCAGGGCUGCACCGGCCUCCAAGAAGGUUCCCCCAACAGCAACCCCGAGGUCCAAGUCCAAUGGUCUGCUCAGGAGAACCAGAGCAACCUCACGGGCACGUCCACCGACUCCCAUCUUGGAGUCUGAAGAGGAAGCUGUCAAGGCUACCGAUGUGUCCAUCACAGGUGAUGAUGACGCCAACAUGGAGCCCACUGCCAAUGCCCCGGCUGAGCCUGCAGUGGAUGACAAGAUCGUCGUCGAUGAGCCUCGGGCCAUUGCAUCUGCGGAUGACUUCCCUGCCGAUCAUUGGGUGGAGCCCAACUCCGAUUACUUCAUCAUUCCGACAGCAGCUCCUGCAGCCGGAGAUGUUUCCCUCCCUUCAGCAUCUCUCCCACCGGCUGUCAGUGCCAUCCACGAAUGCGUGGUUUCCCUGGCUGCUAAGGUCACUGCCAUGCAACUCGCCGACAAGAAUACCCUUGCCAGGGUCGAUGCGUUCGAUCUCGGCACCACUGUCAACCUCGUCAAUGGCCUGACCAGCCUGGUGGAGAAGCUUCAGCAGGCACAGACCAUUGCCAACCCAUUGUUCCCACCACCGAUGAUGAGCAACUUUGGUGCUACCUCGGCCACCCCACAGAUGCAAGUGAUGGGCAUCAGGUACUUGAAUGGUGUGUACAGCCCUUCGGUUGCUACCUCGGCAUCUGCUGCAGACCCUUCGGCAUCUCGCCCUUUUGGUCGCCCUGACAUGCACGGUGACACAUUCACAUCUGGCCAAGCAUCCUCAAUGUCAGCACAUGCCAGUCCUUCAUCCGCUCCUGCUGUAGUUGGACCCCAUUCUGCUGGAACAUCACCUGCUUCGGCCGCAAAAGCAACCCUGACUCAAGUAUGGAGGGACCAGUUAGCAUUUGAAGAAGAGCAAUGUGUCGCCAACAACCAGUUAACAGCCAAGACAUGGCAACUCCUUGCAGAGGCAGCACUUGAAGCUGGCCGGACAUCAGCCAGGGACUCUGCACGUUCUCCUGAGUAUGAGAAUUGGGACCAUGCCAACUAUGAUGAGAAUGGGGCUGAGGCUGAUGAUACCGACACUCAACACAAUGAUGGCGGUGAGGACGAUGAGGGUGAUGUUGCAACUGUAGGACAAGAUGCUCUCAGUGCCACUCACGCACAAGUAAUUUUUUGGCAGGAAGAAUUUGUGACAUCGAGCCCCUCAUACUCGUCUCCUAUGCAAUCAACAGAUGCAUGCUGCAUGGUCCCGUCAAAUGAUGGACCUGGUUGA